UAAAAAAAAAAAAUAAUUUUAAUUCCCGUGAAUCGAGGAAUAGCGGACACUGUCCUCUUAAAAAUUCUUCAAUCAUUUGAUGUUACGGUACUUUUAUAAUAUUGAAAACUGUACCAGCAAGUUUUUCGAAUACCCAAUUAGUUUUGCACUUUAUUUCAGUUUAAAAUUAAGUUUUGUGUGUGUUUUUAAAAUUAAAUAUUUAUAUUCUGUACGUUCAUCGUAUAUAUUUACUCGAGAUAUUCUAAUUUCUGUAUACAUAUAUGUUUUUUAUAAAUAUAUGUGUGAAUACUAGACAAAGUUACUCAUUCACAAUAGUUUAUCAUGUGUAUAUAUACCUCGGAAAGUCAGAAUCUAAACUAGUUUAUUUCCGAGUGAUAAGUUAGAAAAGAAACUGGUGAAAGUGUUCGAAUAAUUGUCAAAAAAAAGAUUUCGAUUACAAUUUUUGAAGAAAAAAAAAUUAAAAUGAUUUAAAAAAUUCUAAGUGAUUAUAAAUUCUACAAAGGCGGUUAAAAAAAAAAUCAGGAUGCAUCCACGAAUUGUGAUAACGUUGAUAACGUUAUUUAUCGUUACAAAAUUAGAAGCAAAUAAUAAUAUUCAUCAUAAUAGUCCAAUAAGUGAAGAAUUUUUUGAUAAUGAAAAUUAUUUAUUUAAAAAUUUAAAUGAAUCAAAAGAUGGGAAUAAUAAAAAAGAAGAUUAUCGUUUGCCAAAUAAUGUAUUACCGUAUUCGUAUGAUCUCAUGAUACAAAUGGAAGAGAAUUAUACUUAUUAUGGAAUGACAAAAAUUAAUGUAAAAAUACAUGAAGAAACUGAUAAAAUUGUAUUACAUCAUGGUAAAAUAAAUUUAAAAACAAUUAGAAUUUUGGAUGUUAAAAAAAAUCCACGGGAUAUAAUUGGUCAAUAUUAUAAUAAUGUCACUGAAAAACUAACAAUUGAACUUAAAAAUAAGUUAGAAAAGGAUCAUGAAUUUCUUAUUGUUAUUGACUAUAAUGGAGUGAUUAGCAAUAGUAUGAUUGGAUUCUAUAAAAGUUCUUAUUUUGAUAAAAAUGAUCGCAUAAAAUAUUUAGCAGCAACUCAAUUUCAAGCUGUACAUGCCAGACAGGCGUUUCCUUGUUUCGAUGAACCUUCUUUUAAAGCAAAAUUUACAGUUCGCAUUGCAAUGCCAAAAGAAUAUAAAUGUCUAAGUAAUAUGCCAGUAGAAAAAACAAUGGAAACGCAAAAUCUAUCAAGAGUGAUUUUCAAAAAAAGUUUACCAAUGUCAACUUAUUUGGUAGCCUUUGUUAUAUCGAAUUUAAAAUCAAAAAGUGAUGGAAAUUUUACAGUUUGGUCAAGAGAAGAAUUAAUUGAUCAAGGAGAUUAUGCUUUAAAAAUUGGCAAAAGAAGUUUAACAUUUUUUGAAGAGACAUUUAAUCAAAAAUAUCAAAUUGAAAAAAUGGAUAUGGUUGCUGUACCUGAUUUUUCAGCUGGUGCUAUGGAAAAUUGGGGACUUAUAACUUAUAGGGAAACAGCAAUGCUUUACAGUAAUGAAGAAUCUUCUGAUAUUGCUCAACAAAAUGUUGCAGCAACAAUUGUUCAUGAAUGUACACAUAUGUGGUUUGGAAAUUUAGUUACACCUAAUUGGUGGGGUGUUCUUUGGCUUAGUGAAGGUUUUGCCAGAUAUUUUCAAUACAUGGCUACAGCUAAGAUUGAACCAGCUUGGAAUAUGGAUUUACAAUUUAUUGUUGCUCAACAUCAAGUUGCUCUUUCUGUUGAUGGAUUAAAUUCUUCGUCACCAUUGUCACGAAAUGUUGCUAGUCAAGGUGAAAUUGGAAAAUCUGGUGACACUAUUACCUACAAUAAAGGUGCCAGUGUUAUUAGAAUGAUGGAAAAAUCUUUUGGAUCAAAAAUUUUCAAUACAGCAUUGCAAAAUUAUCUUGAAUCGAGAAAAUAUGAGAACGCUGUACCCGAAGAUUUGUGGAAAGAAUUGCAAAAAGAGAUUGACUUAAAGGAUUUUAAGCUUAAAACAAAAGUAGAAACAAUUAUGAAUAGUUGGACUAAACAACCGGGAUUUCCAGUUGUGUCAGUAAUUGUGAAAGAUGAUAAAGUAAUUAUGACACAAAAUCGAUUUUUAUUACGUAAUCCCGAUUCAGCGUUAACAAAUUAUACAUGGUGGAUUCCAAUUACAUGGACUGUGAAAAGUAAAUCUGAUUUUGAUACAACUGUCACUCAACAAUGGAUAGGAAAAAAUAAUUUCACUAUCGAUGUUCAAAUGAAAAAGGACGAUUGGAUUAUAUUUAAUUUACAAUCAGCUGGAUAUUAUCGAGUCAAUUAUGAUAAGGAGUCCUGGUACAGGAUAAUAAACACUUUAAACAGCAAAAAAACUCUUUCUCAAAUACAUGUACUUAAUAGAGCAGCUAUUAUUGAUGAUCUGAUGAAUUUAGCUAGAGCUGAUUAUAUUGAUUAUAGUGUUGCUUUAGAUGGUCUUAAGUAUCUUGUUGAAGAAACUCAUUAUGUCCCAUAUAAAGCUGCUUUAAAUGCAUUAGCAUAUUUGACUAAACGAUUUACAAGCCAACAUGAUGAGGGCUUUUAUAAAAAUUUAAUUCUGAAUCUUAUCAACAAGACAUAUCGAAAAUUAAGUUACGAUGAUAAGGAUGGAGAUAAUCGACUUGAUAUUUUAUUGCGUAUGGAACUAAAUGAUUUAGCUUGUCGAUUUAAUCAGGAAAAAUGUAUUAAAAAAUCUUUAGAAUACUUUAAAAGAUGGAAAUCAGGGGACUUGAAAAUAAUUCCAAAAAAUCAAAAAUUUACUGUAUUCUCAACUGCUAUGAUAAAUGCCACUGAAACUGAUUGGGAUACAUUAUGGAGUCAAUAUGUUCGUUCAAAAGUUCCAUCAGAACAAAUUGAAAUACUAAGAGCUCUUGGUUGCAGUAAUAAUUAUUCUAUUAUUGAAAAAUAUUUGUUACGAGCUGUAUCAAGUUACGAAGAAAAUAGAAUUCGAAAACAAGACAGUAAUACUGUUUUUAAUUCCGUUAUUUCUUGUUCACCAAAUGGAGCUAAAUUUAUCAUUAAUUUUAUUGACACGCACUACAAGAAAAUAAUAGACUACAAUGAAGGAAGCAUUGAUAGUAUAUCAACAAUUUUAUCAUCAGCAUCAAACUAUUUUUCGACACAAGAAUUAAUUGAUGAUUUCAAAAAUCUUAUCAAUUCACAUAAAAUGAAAUUCAAAUCAAUAAUCUCAUCCUUAGAAUCAAGUUUAAAAUUAGCGAAAUAUGAACUUGAUUGGUAUAAAAAUCACUCACAAACAAUCGUUAAGUGGAUAAAGAAUUUUAAUCAAAAGGAAAAUACAAGUAAUACAACUGAUUAUUUUUUACCUGGUGAUUUAGUUCCUUCAAAAUAUUAUAUACAUGUAUUUCCUCAUUUGAUUGAAAAUAAUUUUACAUUUGAUGGAUUUGUUAAAAUCGAUGCAACAGUAAAAGAUGUUACUGAUAAAAUUGUUUUGCACGCUUACAAUAUUAGUCACAAUGAUGUGAAUAUUUUUGCCAAUGAUGUGAUAAAGAAGGUUCAUCAUGUAAAUUACACGGAGAAUACAUUUAAUUCAUAUAAUUUUAUGACAAUUUUUCUUGAUGAUGAUUUAACAGAAGGAACACGAGUUCAAAUAAAAAUUAACUACACGGGUUAUUUGAAUACGGAUAACCGUGGAUUUUACCGCAGUUCCUAUGAAGAUGACAAGGGAAAAAGACAAUGGUUAGCAGCUACUCAGAUGGAACCAGUGGGCGCAAGAAAAAUGUUUCCAUGUUUUGAUGAACCUGCAAUGAAGGCACUUUUCACAUUAAGUGUUACUCGACCGCAACAUUAUCAUGCUAUCAGCAAUAUGCCAUUGAAACUGACGGAACGUAUUUCAGAUGAUAUGUUAAAAGAUACAUUUGCUGAGACUCCAUUAAUGUCAACUUAUUUGGUUGCAUUGGUAGUGUCACAAUUUUCAUACAAGAGCCAUGAAAAUUAUAAAGUCUAUUCAAGACCAGAGGCUAUUUCUCAAGUACAAUAUGGAAUUUCUCUAAUGUCACCUUUCAUGAAAUUUUAUGAAAAUAAAUUAAAAUAUGAAUAUGAAUUACCAAAAUUGGAUAUGAUUGCAUUACCUGAUUUUGCAUCAGCGGCAAUGGAAAAUUGGGGACUUAUCACAUACAAAGAAGGAAAAUUACUUUAUAAUGAAGAGAAGUCAACUCUAUUUGACAAACAGGAUAUUAGCAAUGUGAUUAGUCAUGAAUUUGCACAUCAAUGGUUUGGAGAUCUCGUCACUCCUUUGUGGUGGAAAUAUUUGUGGCUAAACGAAGGAUUUGCAAGAUAUUUGCAGUAUUUUGCAAUUGAUAGUGUGGAAAAAUCAUGGAAAAUUCCAGAACAAUUUGUUGUAAAUCAUUUACAGACUUCAUUUGACAUUGAUGCAUAUGUAGGAAGUCAUGCAAUAACACACGAUGUUUAUAGUCCUUUGGAAAUAAGAGAGAGGUUCAGUAAAAUUUCGUAUGACAAGGCUGCUAGUAUUUUACGAAUGACGGAAAAAAUAAUAGGCUCUAAUCUCUUUUAUGAUGGUUUAUAUAUUUAUUUAAAAAAUCGAAAUCACAAUGUAGCGACACCGGAGGAUCUUUAUAAAGGACUACAGGAGAAAAUUGAUUCUGUUAAUUUUGAAUUAGAUGUUAAAGAAUUUUUAGAUUCUUGGACUCUUAAACCAGGUUUUCCAGUGGUUAAUGUAAAAAUUGAAGAUGAAAAAGUGAUGUUUGCGCAAGAACGAUUUUUAUCAUCGAAUAGUAAAAAUUAUCCAAUUAAUCAAACUUGGUGGGUUCCAAUUACUUGGACCACUCAAAGGGAAAAUAAUUUUAAUAAUACUGUUCCAAAAUAUUGGUUAAAAGAUGAAAAAAAUCAAAUUUCCAUUAAAAAAGAAAACGAUGAAUGGAUAAUAUUUAAUAUUCAACAAGCAGGAUAUUAUCGCGUGAAUUAUGAUGAAGAAAAUUGGAUGAGAAUUAUUACUACCCUUAAAAGUUUAGAAUAUUUUCAAAUUCAUGAAAUAAAUCGUGCAUCAUUGAUCGAUGAUCUAUUUAAUUUGGGUAAAACUGGAUACGUCAGUUAUGAUAAAGUUUUAUCAGCUACUCAAUAUUUAGAACAGGAAACAAAUUAUUUACCAUGGAAAGCUGCUUUUAAAGGACUAUCUGAAUUAAAUAUGAUUUUGAAAGAUCUUGAUGUUUAUGAUUUAUACAAGACACAUAUUCGUACACUCUUGACACCUAUUUUUAAUAAAUUGGGUCCCUCAGAAAUUAAAGAUGAAGAUCAUUAUGAUAAGCUUCUCAGGAUAUUAGUUAACAAAUGGGCAUGUGAUUUCAAAAUUCCUGAAUGUAUUAAUCAUGCAAUGGAAACAUUUGCCAAAUUCAAGAACGACUCUUCAUUCAAAAUUUCAGGAAAUCUUCGUAGUACACUAUUUUGUACAGCUAUAAAACAUGGUUCGAAGGACGAUUUUCAUUUUCUUAAAGAAAAAUAUUUAUCUGAAAAGUUAUUGAAUGAGCGUAUGACCUUAUAUGAUGCUCUACUCUGUUCAGAGAAUGAAGAACAAAUUUCAAAUUUAUUUGAGAAAGCCGUUAAAAAAGCACCCACAAUGAAUUUGAAAGAAAAAUUCAAGAUUUUUUCAAAAACGUAUAAGGCGAACUUAAAGGGAAUGGAAACUGUUUUAAAUUAUCUUGAAAAUAAUUAUGAUAACAUAUAUAAAUACGUUGAGGACGAGGCAGCAUUAAAAACAAUUCUAAAGAGUAUAAGUAAAAGAAUAUCAUCCAAAAAAAUUUUGAAAAAGGCUUUUGUAAAAUUAGAUAAAUAUUCAUCAAUUUUGAAUUCUACCAAUAUUUCUAAAUAUUCGCGAAUUAAAAAGACACAUACAUGGUUUGAUAAAUAUUUACCAAAAAUUUGGGAAUGGUUGGAAACAACUUAUCCAAGUGAAAAUUAUCGUUUGCCAAUAUUAAUGAAACCAAUUUUAUAUGAUAUUCAUUUGAAAACGUAUUUUGAGGAAAAAAAUUUUACAUUCGAAGGAGAAGUAAAAAUAAUUAUGAAAACAGUUGAAAGAACAUCAAGAAUUAUUUUAAAUGCAAAUGAUUUGAAAUUUAAGGAAAUUCAAGUUUUUGAUGAAUUUGAACAGAAAAUUAACAUUUCUCACACAUUGAAUACAACUACAGAAAAACUUUCAAUUUAUUUGAAUUCAAUUAUCAAUGUGGAUACUGAAUUGAAAAUGUAUUUCAAAUAUGAUGGUAUUUUAAAUGAAAAUUUACAGGGAUUUUAUCGUAGCUCUUAUAUUGAUGAUAAAAAUCAGACAAGAUGGUUAGCGACUACUUAUUUUCAACCAACAAGUGCCAGAAGAGCUUUUCCAUGUUUCGACGAACCAGCAUUCAAAGCAAAAUUCAUCAUUCGAAUUGAAAGACCAAAUUUUUAUCAUUCUUUAAGUAAUAUGCCAUUAAAAUCAUCAACAGCGUUAAAAGACGAGAAUCGAACCUUAGAUGUUUUCGAGGAGACUCCCUUAAUGUCAACCUAUUUAGUAGCUUUUAUUGUAUCCGACUUUAAGAAUAUUUCAAUUAAAAAUUUAUCAAUUUGGAGUCGAUCAAAUGCUAUUGAUGAUACUCAUGAUUCUUUAAUAAUUGCAACAAAAUCUUUGGAACAAAUGGAAAAAAUUUUUGGAUUAAAUUAUACACUACCAAAAAUGGAUUUGAUUGCUGUUCCUGAUUGUGAAAUUGGAGGAAUGGAAAAUUGGGGUCUUAUUACUUUUAAGGAAAAGGGUCUUCUUUAUAGGAAAAAAGAAACACCAGGUAGUUACAAAAAAGGAAUUAAUACUGUAAUAGCACAUGAACUUGUUCACAUGUGGUUUGGAAAUUUAGUAACUUGUGAUUGGUGGGAUUAUUCAUGGUUAAAUGAAGGCUUUGCUCAAUAUCUUCAAGAUGUUAUAAUUAAUAUAUUGAAUCCAAAUUGGAAACUUUUGAAACAAUUCACAGUUACAACUAUGCACGUUGCAUUGUCAAAAGAUCCCUAUUUAGUGACCCGUCCUAUGAAUAAUAAAGUCUUUAAUCCAACAGAAAUUCGUUCUAGUUUUGACGACAUUGCGUACAGUAAAAGUGCUAGUGUAAUUCGCAUGUUCCAUAAUAGUUUUGGCAAUAAAGUUUGCAUCGAUGCUGUUCGGGAUUAUCUUCAAAAACUUCAACAUCUUACUGCAACACCUGAACAACUUUAUGAUUCAUUACAGGCUCAAGUUAAUAAAACACAUAUUUUAGAAAAUGUGAAUGUCACGAUAAAAGAUAUUAUGAAUAGUUGGGUCAAUCAAUCUGGAUAUCCUGUUGUUAAUGUCACAUUAAUUAAUGGCACAAUGACUCUUACUCAAGAACGAUAUUUAUUAGAGAAUUUGACAAAUGAACAAAUUUAUUGGAUACCAAUAACAUAUGUGAGUGAAUCAAAUAAAAAUUUUGAGAAUACAAUGCCAUUAUUUUGGUUUGGUAAAAAAUCAAUGACAAUUAAUGUUAACAAUACAAAUGAAUGGUAUAUUUUAAAUGUACAACGAUCAGGCUAUUAUCGAGUUAAUUACGAUACUGAUUCAUGGUAUCGAUUAGCAAACAUUUUACACAGUAAUAAGUUUACAGAGAUUGAUGAUGUGAAUAGAGCUCAAAUUGUUGAAGAUAUUCUUAAUCUUGCAAGAGCUAAUUAUGUAACAUACACUCUAGCAUUAAAUGCAACGGAAUAUUUAGUACAAGAAGAAAAUUAUCUUCCCUGGAAAGGAUUUUUUAACGAGAUUUUCUAUCUUAGUCAACGUUUUGAAGGACAUGAGAUAAAUAAUCUCUUUGGUCGUCAUAUUCGAACACUUGUUAAUGAAAUUUAUAAUAAACUUGGAUUUCAUGAUGUUAAAGAAGAAAAUAUGUUGGAGGAACUUCAACGUCAAUUAAUAACAAAUUGGGCAUGCAAAUAUCAACAUUUGAAUUGUGUUGCAAAAUCAAAACUUCUAUUUUUGACUUGGCAAAAGAAUUAUUUGAAACAAAUUCCAUCGAAUUUAAAGACAACAGUUUAUUGUACAGCUUUAAAAUAUGGUACCUAUGAAGAUUGGGUGUUUCUUUGGAAUAAAUAUCUCAGCUCUAAUUUUUCGAUAGAGAAGGAAAUUAUUUUGGAAUCUUUAGGUUGUACUCAAAAUACAACAACGCUUCUUUCAUAUCUUCAACUUGCUAUAUCCUCUAAAGAAAUUCGCCGUCACCAUGUAAAUCUUGUCUUUCGAUCUGUUAACAAUGCUGGAAAAAUUGGAGUCAAUACCUUAUUACAAUUUUUAAUUAAUAAUUAUCAUAAUGUAUAUUCUUAUUUUGGAAACUGGGGAAACAUUGCCAGUUUGUUUUCAAAUGUAGCUGAAUUUAUAUCAACAACAGAGCAAAUUAAUCAGUACGAAACAUUCAUAAAAGAAAAUUCAGAAAAUCUUGCAAAAAUAUUAAAGAGACUGCAAGAUUCAUUGAAGAUAGCUAAAAAUAAUAUGCAGUGGUUUGAGACUCAUUCACAAGAAAUAUACGAUUAUCUGGGAAAAUAUUAUACAACUACAACAACUACUGAAAUUAUAACGUCAUCAAGCACGGAGGAUGUAAAUUUACCAGAAGUAAGCACACCUAAAUCUUCAACUACCACUUCUUCACCACCAGUUGAUUUAAAUGAAAGCGGUUUAGGUAUUUCUUAUCUCAUGUUGAUUUUCCUUGGUAUAUCUGUAUUUGCUUUUGCAUUAUUUAAUUGUUGUUAGUAUAAGUUUUUUCUAUCAUUUUGUAAAAUAUGUAUAGUUGUAAAAUUGUUAUGUUUUUUUCUACACAAAUAUAAUUUUAUAAUUUUUAAUUAGUUAGUCUCUCCGAUAGUUGUAAGUUUAUGAAAUUCGAAAAUUGACGAAUUAUAAUGAAAUUAAUACAAAAAAAUUACAAUACGCUUAAUAAAUAUAGGAUAAUAUGUCUUUAAUAAUUUAUAAAAUAAUUUUAAUAAAAUUAUAAAUUAUUUUA